AUCGAUUAGCAAGAAAAUAAUAGACAAAAAUGGAGGAGAUUCAUGCGCCAGUACACGACAACUCGCCAUCGAUAGAGCAUAUCUUACGUCCAAUAUCUUACACGUCUUGGUGCAUGGGCGUAGGUAUUGCACAUCCGCAAAAGUGUUCAAAGUAUGUGACGAUAGUCAUACGUAUCAUUCACCUGAUGAUAUCUACUUUUUACUUAAUAAUGUUUAUCCAUGAAUACGUUAUGUAUCGAGAUAUACGUUUAUCCGUGAUUUCAAUAACGAAAUCCAUCCACGUUAUAAAUAGCAUAAUAUACUUCAUAACGGUAUAUUAUUACUUUUAUCACGGAAUCAGGCAGUAUAACUGGUCAGAGCUGAUGGACAAAAUAAAGGAGCUCGAUCGAAAGAUCAGGAAAGAAACACACAUAAAUGAUCGACCAGUAAAAAUCAUGGAAGCAGUAGCGAUUCUCAUGACUUUUGUGUGUUGUCCUUUGAUUCCAAUUGUGAUCCACCUAUAUUAUUUUAUGUAUUAUCGUAUAUAUUUUACUCAUCCGCUCACUCCUUGGCUGUUUUAUUACAUGAUGGCACGGUCGUUGAUCAACAGCUUCUUCUUUGACACUGUUGUCUAUGUGCUGUAUUACAGAUAUCAAACGGUAAAUAAAAUGCUCGGCCAUUUGGAUAAGCUAUCUGAUACACCAUUGAUCGCACUGAAAAUCAGACGCAUCAGAGAAUUGCAUAAUGAUAUUUGUGAUCUCAUUAUUAAGAUGAAUAAUACUUAUGGUCUUUAUCUUCUUUUUUGCUCGGCAAACUGCUUCUUUUUGGUCACUACCAAACUAUACGAUGCGUACUUAUUUAUGGGGCAAAAACGAUAUGACACUACAUUGCUGUCUUAUAUCGAUUCGACUAUAUAUACUAUGCAAUUUGGUUUGAUAUGUUGGAUUUGCACACUUGCGCGUCAAGAAUUCGAUAAAACCAAGAUAAUUAUGUGCGCAAUUGCAUUGAAGUACCAAUCUAUGAAGUUUGAUAAACGGAACGAUACAAGGAAUCAAUCGAAUUUAGAGGUACGACCGCCAUUGGAAGGCGCGGACAACGAGCAAAAUUUUGAUAGGAGUAAUAGUCACGAUUGGAAUUACGUAGUCAUGGAAAAUCUUUUGGGCAAAUUUAUGGCUCAAGACAAUGUCAAUAACGAAAUUAAUGGAUUUUUGAUUCAAUUACAACAUCGUCGAGUAUCAUUUAUGGCCUGCGAAUUCUUCGAAAUGAACAAUAAUUUGUUCUGUAGUUUUGUCGGAGUGAUCUUCACAUUUUUGAUGAUCUUCAUUCAAUUUGCUUAACAAUCCAAAAAUCCAAACAAAAACAGAUAUUAACUUGUACUGGUAGUUUAUUAAUAGUAUACGUGUAUGAAUAUCAUCUGUUGAAAGAAGUUACAGUUGUAAUGCUUUGUUUAUUCUCAAUAAUUUUAUUUCGUAUUAAUGAACGUGUAAAUUGUCGCAUAAGAGAAACUAUAAGAAAUUUUUCUUUGUAUAUAAAUUAAAAGAACGGUUACUGAUUUAUGUAAAAACCUUAUUUAUGUUAAAAAUUUUACAUUAGUGGACAUAUGAUACAAAAUAAUUUAAAUGUUUAAUUUAUUGCAUAUAAAUUAUUAUUUAAAUAUUUGUAUAUAAAAAAAAAUUUUUAAUGAUACAUUUAAUGACACGCAAUUUAAUAUUGUAGAAUUUCAGAGCUAAUACGUCGUUUUUUGUUGUGUUACAUAAAUUAUCAGUAAAAAUUUACAGCACGCUUUCGUAGAAGUGUUUUGUUUCCAGGAAACCUUUAUUAUUUUUUCUACACAAUAUUCUGCGUGAGAAAGUAUAAUGUAAUCAGUUUUGUUCACGUCGAUUAUCAAAAGAGUAUGAAACGAAAAUGGAAAAGAUUUGUACACUGAUACACAGAGAGAACUGUUUCUUUGAAUUUAAUAUAUGGAUUUGUUUGAAUUAUAUUUGUUUCACUGGAAAAAAUGUAUUUCUUACAAAAUAUUAUUUUAUUGAAUAAAAAUUUGAUAGUUUUGUUACAUUAAACCAUAUUGUUUGACAGAAUAAUCACAAUUAUUUGAGAUAAUACUUGAAAUAUUUGAUUCAAACAAAAACUUUAUUUUUUACAAAAUAUUAUUUUAUUAAAUAAAAAUUUGAUUGUUUCGUUACAUUAAAUCAUAUUGUUUGACGGAACAAUGGUUUUUUUCUUUUUUUCAAAGAAAAUAUUGAAUUCUUUCAAAAAAUAUUUUAUUUAGAAGGAACAAUUACUUUGUUUGAAAGUCAAACAAUUGUAUUUGUUUGUUCAAACAUUAGUUUCAUUGGCGUAUAUCAAUAAACAAAUUUGUUUGACUUAAAGAAAAUUUAUUAAAUCCAAAGAAACUUUUCUCUCUGUGUAGACGUUAACACGCCCUCGCUGAAGCGCGAGAGCACAUGUUACGUCUACUAUCGUACAUCCUCUGGUUUCUAGGCGUUGGCAUAGCACGUCCGCGCAAAUGUUGCAAGAGUGUCACGAUAAUUUUAUGUAUAAUUAACUUGAUUACAUGUUCUAUUAUUUUGAUAUACGAUAUGAUAUGUUUCUUCCUUGAUGAUGCUUUCUUUGCUCUUUAAGGCGACAUAUUCAAGUUUAUAAACACACAAAAAAUUGUUUUUUUCAAUCUAUGCAAAAAUGUUUCUCUAUGCACAAUUCUCACUCGAGCUCUUGUUUAAAUAAUUUUCUUGAUGGUGAAUCCGAGAGUAAAUGUGCUGCCGAUUGACGGCAUCGGCAUUAAAGCCACUACGAGAUCAGACAGCUCAAAGAGAAACACAAACGCCGCAAACAGUUUGGCACACCCGCGCGUUGCGAUAAAAGUUACCUAAUGGCAGCUAUCAUUUUUUGUAAUUGCUUUUUUUGUUAGGAGGUGACACCCUGAGUCGAUAUGUGACAACGUCUAGAAGCCGCAACCUAAUGGAAUCACAUUCACGUAUACGCAUAUUCAUUUUGCAUGUAUAAUGUGCGUGUCGCGCGCUUAUAUGGCGUGUGUGUGUGUGUGUGUGUGUGUGUAUGCGUGCGCACAUCGUACAUGACUUUAAAUAUCUCUAUUGUACAACUGUUAUAUGCAGUAUCAAGCAAAAUCCAAGGCGUGUGCUUGUUAAAGUGUUCAGAAAAAUAUUAUUAUCUUACCCACAAACAACUUUAUUAUUUUGUUUACUAAAUAUUUUGUACCGUUUACCAAAAGUUUUAAUGUAAUCAGUACACGUUUGCAAAACGUCGAUUAGCAAGAAAAUAAUAGACGAAAAUGGAGGAGAUUCAUGCGCCUGUACACGACAACUCGCCGUCGAUAGAGCACAUCUUACGUCCAAUAUCUUACACAUCUUGGUGCAUGGGCGUAGGUGUUGCACAUCCGCGAAAGUGUUCAAAGUAUGUGACGAUAGUCAUACGUAUCAUUCACCUGAUAAUAUCUACGAUUUACUUAAUAACAUUUUACCAGGAAUACGUUAUGUAUCGAGGUAUACGUUUAAACGUGAUUUCAAUAACGAAAUUCAUCCACGUUAUAAAUAGCAUAAUAUACUUCAUAACGGUAUAUUAUUACUUUUAUCACGGAAUCAGGCAGUACAACUGGUCAGAGCUGAUUGACAAAAUAAAGGAGCUCGAUCGAAAGAUCAGGAAAGAAACACACAUGAACAAUCAACCAGUAAAAAUCAUGGAAGCAGUAGCGAUUCUCAUGACUUUUGUCUGUUGGCCUUUGAUUCCAAUUGUGAUACAUCUAUAUUAUUUUAUAUAUUUACGUAUGUCUUUUAUUUAUGCGCUCACUACUUGGCUGUUUUAUUACAUGAUGGCACGGUCGUUGAUCAACAGCUUCUUCUUUGACAUUGUCGUCUAUGUGCUGUAUUAUAGAUAUCAAACGAUAAAUAAAAUGCUCGGCCAUUUGGAUAAGCUAUCUGAUGCACCAUUGAUCGCUCUGAAAAUUAGACGCAUCAGAGAAUUGCAUAAUGGUAAGUUUUGGUGAAUAUUACUUGUUGUGUUGUAAUUAGAUAAUGUAACUUUAUGUGCAGCAAGAUAUAAUUUAAUACAGUUUAUGAAGAAAUUACGGUAAUAUAGGAAUGUUAUCGACUCAUGAAUUUUGUCAUACAGAUAUUUGUGAUCUCAUUAUUAUGAUGAACAAUACUCAUGGACUUUAUCUUCUUUUCUGCUCGGCAAACUGCUUCUUUUUGGUCACGACUAAACUAUACGAUGCGUACUUAUCUAUGGGGAAAGAACGAUAUGCGAAUUCAUUGCUGUUUUAUACCGAUUCCAUUAUAUAUACUGUGCAAUUUGGUUUGGUAUGUUGGAUUUGCACACUCGCGCGUCAAGAAUUCGAUAAAACCAAGAUAAUUAUGUGCGCAAUUGCAUUGAAGUACCAAUCUAUGAAGUUUGAUAAAUUGAACGAUACAAGGAAUCAAUCGAGUUUAGAGGUACGACUGCCAUUGGAAGGCGCGGACAGCGAGCAAAAUUUUAAUAAGAGUAACAGUCACGAUUGGAAUUACGUUGUCAUGGAAAAUCUUUUGGGCAAAAUUACGGCUGAAGACAAUGUCAAUAACGAAAUUAAUGGGUUUUUGAUUCAACUACAACAUCGUCGAGUAUCAUUUAUGGCCUGCGAAUUCUUCGAAAUGAACAAUAAUUUGUUCUGUAGUGUGAGUACAAUAUUUAUUUACGGCAUACAAUGUAUGUAAAAUUAUCUGUUUCUGAAUUGCAAUAUAAUUUAGGCCUCAAAACAAUAAAAUAAAAUUAAUUUAUUUUUUAGUUUGUCGGAGUAAUCUUCACAUAUUUGAUGAUCUUCAUUCAAUUUGCUUAACAAUCCAAACAUCCGAAUAAAAACAGAUUAACUAGUAGUUUAUUAAUAGUAUAUGUGUAUGAAUAUUAUCUGUUGAAAGAAGUUAUAGUUGUAAUGCUUUGUUUAUUCUCAAUAAUUUUAUUUCGUAUUAAUGAACGUGUAAAUUGUCGCAUAAGAGAAACCAUAAGAAAUUUUUCUUUGUAUAUGAAUUAAAAGAACGGUUACUGAUUUAUGUAAAAACCUUAUUUAUGUUAUGAAUUUUACAUUAAGGGACAUAUGAUACAAAAUAAUUUAAAUAUUUAAUUUAUUGCAUAUAAAUAAUUAUUUACAUAUGUGCAUAUAAAAAAAUAAGUUUUUAAUGAUACAUUUAAUGACACGCAAUUUAAUAUUGUAGAAUUGCAGAGCUAAUACGUCGUUCCUUGUUGUGUUACAUAAAUUAUCAGUGAAAAUUCACGGCACGCUUUCGUAGAAGUGUUUUGUUACCAGGAAAACUUUAUUAUUUUUUUUACACAAUAUUCUGCGUGGGAAAGUAUAAUGUAAUCAGUUUUGUUCACGUUAAUUAUCAAGAGUAUGAAACGAAAAUGGAAAAGAUUUGUACACUGAUAAACAAUAACACGCCCUCUCUGAGGCGCGAGAGCACGUUACGUCUCCUAUCGUACAUACAUACUUUGGUUUCUAGGCGUUGGCAUUGCACGUUCGCGCAAAUGUCAUAAGAGUAUCACGUUAAUUUUAUGUACAAUUAAUUUAAUUAUAUGUUCUAUUAUUUUGAUA